UUACAUAACAAUCUGCGCCGAUUGGUAAGCUUUAGACCGAUUGACGCAAGAAUGCAUUUAUUCUGCAUGAAUGACAAUACAAUGUUACGUGAAAUUUAGGGGUUUACCCGUGUUGAGUUAUUGAUACCGGAUACAAGCUAUGUGAGAAUAGACACAUGUAAAACGCAGAAGAUUUUGCUAGAGAAGGAAAAUAUGUGCCGUGAUUAAUUUGUAAUGGCUUUCUUUAUAAGCAGUAUUGUCCAAAUAACUGUCUUGUAUUUUGGUUUGUUAAUAACUGCCUCUCUUGGAAAGGAAAACUGGGACACCUGUCAUUUUGGAUCCGUUAAGUGCUUAUGUCAGAAAGGGAAAGGUCAAACAAAUCUGCUGAAAGCUGAUUGUUCCAAUCGAGGUCUUCGUAGUGUUCCAGUGUUUUCAUCUAAUGUGACAUGGAUAGAUCUCAGUAACAAUCGUAUAUAUUGGAUUAACAAUUGGUUUCCAAGUAAUGUUACUUAUCUUGAUUUAUCUCGAAAUAGCUUAUACAGACUUUAUGGGCACCCGUUUCGUGGAUUGUACAAUCUUAAAACUUUAAAUUUGGAAAGAAACCAAUUAAACCAAACAUAUUUUUACGAGGGAUUUUUUGAUGAUCUGCAUUCUCUAACCGAGCUGAAUUUAAAAAGUAACAUACCAACCUAUAUUCCUCAUGGAUACUUAAACGAUAAAGAAUAUUCAAAAUUAAAGUCAUUACAAACUCUUAAAAUGGACGGAAUUGGAAGUUUAACGUUUGGGAAGGGAUUUGGACGCUUAGAAAAGUUUCAAAAACUUGACGUAUCUGGAAAGACAGGAAACUGCAGUUUCGAAAGAAUUUCAAAAGACAUGUUUUUGUACACGCCUCGACUUGUUUAUUUGGAUGUGUCUGCUUGUAAUAUUUUAGAAAUUGAAGAAGGCGCAUUUGGAAAUCUAAAAUAUCUUGAGCACCUUGAUGUUUCGUUUAACCAGCAUCUCGGAUUCUGGUCACUUCCGAACAUAACACAUGAUCUCAACAAAACCUCGAUCAAAACGUUUCUCGCAAAAGGAAUAAACUGUUUGGCAGGAAUGAGUGGAACUAUUCUAAAACGUUCUCUUCAGUAUUUGCAAAACACAAAAAUUUCAGAAAUCAAUUUUGAGAAAAACAAACUGGAGCAUUUUGAACUGGGACUACUGAGGGUAUUGCCAGACACUUUAACAACUAUUUCUAUGGGAGAAAUGGAACUUGCGCAGGGAAUCUUUGUUACUGAUUAUUUCUUGUUCCAAAAUAGACAAUUCUAUAAUAUCAGCUUACAAAUGCGCUCAAUUCCUUAUCAAACAUUUGAUUCUCAUUGCAAACAUGAUAGAUAUAGACCUCGUAUGAGCAUUGAAUACUUCAAUUGGCUCGAAUAUGAUAAUGAACAGCGUGAAGCUUCUUCUAGCACUUUUAUUUCUAGAAAAAAGUGGAAAGAUCAAUUUCUUGUGACAUUUGAAUUUCCGAAAACCUUGAAUGUUUUUCAUGGAAAUAUGAGUCGUCUCUACGGAGAUAUUCCCGAAUUUAAAAUAAAUGCACCUGGUUUACGAGAAAUCUAUAUGCAAGAUAAUCUGUUAUAUUCCUGGGAUGGACCAGUUCAUGGAAUUGAAAAUAUAGAAAUAGCCAAUCUUUCAAAUAAUUUUUGCUCUCAUAUCUCAAAAUCGUUUUUAGAGCAUGCAAGAGGCCUAAGAAUCUUGUUAAUGUCCAAAAAUAAUCUUGGUCGAAGCUUGUUAAACGAUGUUGGAGGGGAGAUUUUCCGAAACACAGUGUCAUUAGAAUUUGUUGAUCUGUCUGACAAUAAUAUCACUGUUUUGUCUGCGCACAUGUUCAACAACAUGAACCAAUUACGGGCCUUGAAUUUACGAAAAAAUCAGCUUUUGACAGUAAAUGUGAAAAUGAAGCACAUGAGGAAUAUAAACUACAUCAACCUUGAACAAAACAGACUGGCAACUAUUGAAUCGGAAUCGAGAACAUUAUUUAAAAGGUUAUUUCAAACAUCAAAGCUUGUCAUCUAUUUCUCUGAAAAUCCUAUUUUGUGCUCCUGUGAUAACAUAGACUUUCUUGAGUGGAUAACUAUCAAUCGACUUCAUUUUCAAGAUUUUUUUCAUUACAACUGUUCAUUUUCAAGUUCACAUGAGUUUAACUUUAUGUCUGUUAUGUCUGCUAAAGCUUCAUUCACGUCUAUGAAAGAGACUUGUAAAUCAUCUAUUGGUAUAUACAUGUAUAUUGCAAUUGCUACUGGAGUUUUGUUUCUACUGAGUAUAGUCGUUGGCAUUGUGUUAGUAAAAAAAAUUAAGUGCAAUAAUAGAAAUGCCGAGACAAGUGUUUAACAUAUGCCAAUACAUUUAACAACAUUCAGUCCAGACUGUGAUCUUUUUUGACAUGAUCACUUAGUCUUUAAAAUAGUUCGUAUUACUUAUUUAAGAAUCCAUGUUAAUAUGUUUACACAAGAAUAUAUUUGUCAAAAAACAAGAAAAAUAUAUUGAAAAGUACAAUAUUGUUAGUUUUGUAGCAUUUGCGGAUUAUUAAUGGGUGAAAUAGUAAUCCUUGAUAUUUAUAUUGUCCAUUUUACUGUUUUAUCUAAUUUUGAUUUAUUUCAAUAAAUAUGUAAUUUUUACCACUUUAUUUAUGGUAACUCAUUUUGCAACAAUAAAUACAACUUUUUGUCAUGUUGUUAUUUCGCAUCAUCUAAAGUAACUUUAUCAAACGUACCUCAGCAAUUGAAAGAAAUGCAGAAAACCUGUAAACUUUUACUUGUCAAAAUAAAAGAAUAAUUAAGGUCUUCCGUUUUCAACGGAAGACUUUGUACUGAU